AUGCAUCUGACUCAAUAUGUGCUCCCUGCAGUCGUUCUGUCAACAGGCGUCAGCGCCUUCUAUCCAUACAUACGCCCGUCAACUGCUACCCCGUCAUUAACCACCAGAUUGGUCGAACGAUUUUACCCAUUCCAUCUGGGUGUGAGCGCUAGCAGCGAUGACGGACCAUUGACUCUUCCGCUUAGAAAGCGAUCGACAGUGAAUAGGCGAGAGAACAAGUACACGAUCGUUCAAGGAAACCCUGCAACUGGUCCCAACAGUGUGACCGUCAAUGAGGACGGCAAUGACUUCUCCUACUUCUUUUCGAUGGAAUUCGGCUCAAACAAUCAAUCGAUGUGGAUAUUGUUCGAUACUGGUGGUACAAAUAGCUGGGUAUUCGGGACGGAUUGUACGGUUACUGCCUGUGAAUUGCACAACACCUUCGGCAAGAACGAUUCGACAACGCUGCAGACGACAGGAAACACUUUCAGUGUCGGGUAUGGAUCCGGAACCGUCUCGGGCUUUCUGAGCAGCGACACAGUGAGAAUUGCCAACUUCAGCCUGGAACUCGGUUUUGGGUUGGCCAACAAUGCGUCAAACGAUUUCACCGACUACCCAAUGGACGGCAUUCUCGGAUUGGGGCGUUCCAAUUCCAGCGUCACGGGACCCUCCACAGCAAUGGAGGCUAUCGCCCAGGCAAAACUUCUCCCAUCGAACGUCAUCGGAGUAAGCCUGCAGCGAAACGAGGAUGGCGCCAAGGAUGGUGAAGUCACUUUUGGCGGCGUGGACACCACCAAAUUCGAGGGUGGCAUCACAUACACCGCUGUCAGUACGGCCACUGAUCGGUGGGAAAUACCCAUGGAUGAUGCCGUCGUUGCGGGUACCCAUCUGAACUUCACCGGCAAGUCUGCUAUCAUUGAUACUGGAACGUCAUAUGUUUUCCUUCCACCGGCCGAUGCCACAGCCGUUCACGUCCUGAUUCCGCAAGCGAUUCAAUCCGGCUCAGAAUUUUACAUUCCAUGCUCUACAAACUUGACCCUGCAAUUCAUCUUUUCUGGAGUGGCAUAUAGUGUGUCGCCUAAAGAUUAUGUCGGUAGUCCCACAGAUGGUACUGGAGUGACAUGCUUUUCCAACAUCGUCGGAACCCAAACUUUUGGCUCUGAUGACUGGCUUCUUGGGGACGUAUUUAUGAAGAACGUGUACUCAGUUUUUGACUAUGACCAAAACCGAAUUGGCUUCGCUGCUCGGAAUGGUACGACUUCUACUACGAGUACUCCUUCGACAGUCGCCGCUUCUCCUAGCUCAGGGACAAGCGACACCACAACUUCAACCACCACUACAUCAACAGCUGGUGCAAACCACACCAGUACAUAUACUGGCAGCGCUACCUCAUUCACACUCCCCUCCUCGACCAAACUCGCAACGCUGGUCACCUUCCUAGGCUUGUAUUUCUCCUUUAGCCUAUGA